GUGCGAACUUGGUGCUAGAGCUAGCUGUGUGCAGUGUAUUCCUAGGCAAGUAAAGUGACAAGUCUAUACCGCAUUUAAUCAUCACUUCACUUUGUGGCGACGGUUAAUAUCAGAUUCAAUGCCCUGCUUGCGUUGACCCUUUUGCAGUUUGGAGAUCUGGGGAACGUAGACUUGUUGAACAACCAGAUAAAAAGAUGGGAGAGGAUGAUGAUGAUGAUGACGUCUUCUUUACCGAAGAGGAUUAUGAGAUGUUCUCUUUGAGCCGAACACACAACGUUCGAGCCCGUCGUCAUGAAGAAACCAAAGCUUCAAAAAAUUGGCGGGAUGUGGUUGCCAAAGAGAAGGAGAAGAAGCAGUCUAAGAAACAACCCAAGCAGGCGAAGAUCACCAACCCUCCCAAGGAACCUAUCACGCAACAACAGAACCCACCUUCAGCAGCUACACCCAACCUCAGCUCCAAGAAGCCACCUUCAGCAGCUGCACACGACAACCUCAGCUCCACCAAGAAGCCAAAGCCCAAGGCCGCAGGGAAUGUGUACAGUCUCCUCUCGCCCGACCCAAAGGUCAGGUACCCCACUUUCUCUCGCUUGACCCUCGCACAGCACAAGAAGUUCCUGGAACUCCAAGCCAAGUAUGGGUCAAAGGGCGCCAGGGUCACAACCUCCAAGCAGUCGGCAGAACAUCAGCAGUGGAGGCAACUUGGAGCCCAGAUAUACCAAGAUCAACAAGACUUCAACUCAUUUGCAGAAUACAUAGCUAACAACCAGCCAGAAAGCUACAUCUCUUUGCCAACUGGAGCUGCGAAAUACCUCAAGGAUUCAUUGAAGAGAAAUCUGGAAAGAGUGGAAUCCCUUCCUCGGCACUACGCAGUUCUGCAGACUGUCACUCUUAACCCAGGAGUACCAUUACCGUCGGAUCCCACACUUCAGAGAAUAGGAUCACCAGUCUUUGUGGGUAAGCCUACAGAAUUGGUCGUCCCACCACUGGAAGAUCGGAAGGUGAUUUUGAAAACAUCAGGAACUGAAUGUGAAAAUUUAUCGGAAGUGCAAGAAGAUAAGACUAACCAGAAUAACUGCCAGAAACUCGCUGAGGUGUACAAGGCAGACAUUGUCCUCUCUGCCGGCAGCUUCUUCACCCUCGUGAACAACCAUGCACCCCUCUAUGAGCAUCAAUGGGAGAUUCCAUUAGAGGUCAAAGAGAGGCCCACGGGGAAGGUGGCAUUCAUCGAAGAGCCAUUGAUGAGACAUCUGUAUUACCCGCACAAUGCAAGUGGUCUCUACCACAACCUGGUACUGAAGCAGAUGCUGACAACGGGAGGCAACGAGAAGUACUGCAAGACGUCAGACAGGACGGAAGAAGAUGUCCUUGAGGGCAUAAUGCUUGAAAAACUGGAUACCACACUUCCGGAGGAGCCUGAAACGGAAGAGGAUGUGGAUGAGUUUGGCUCUAUGUCCUUGACUGACCUAGAGACCUUUGGGAGUGACCUUCGAAGUCCUACGUCCAAGGCACCAGAGAAGGAAGAGAGAACAGAGGAGUCGAAAGUGGAACUUGGAGUGGAGUGUGAAGGAAAGGAGACAUCAGAUGUUGUGAAGGUUGAAGACAGUUCUAUCAUGAUUUCUGAACAGACUACAGCAGAUUGUAGAAAUGCAGUGGAUUGUAGAAAGUCAUUGGGUGGGGAUGAUGUUAAGAUGGAGUUUCUAGAUGACACUAAAUUGAGUAAUAGUGGAAAUAUUAGUUUAGAUAGAAGCCUUUCAUCCGAGGACACCAUUCAGGGAUCUCUUGACUCUUCAGCACAAAAUGAGAACAACAGUGGUGAUGAGAAGGAAGCACUGAUAUUGGCAGCAGCCUCAAAGAAGAAAGUUGUCAAGGUUGUUAUUCCCAGGAGAUCAACAAGUAUCAAUGAUGAUGCUGAUUUGGCAACAGAUGAGGCAUGUGUUGUUCAGUCACAAGAGUUACAGGAUAAAUUAGACAUUACCAUGGAGGAUGGAGACGAAGAAAAUUUAAACACUUUUCAGGAAAGUCAGCACAAACCUGAUGUGAGGCUAAUGAGCGAUAGCAGCGACGAUGGUCAUAAUUUAGUCAUUAUGAUGGAGUCAGAUGCAGGGAGCAGCCCAUCAGCAUCAAGAGACGGGCCAUCCUCAAAAGGGCCCGAGAUAAAAGGACCUGAGAUAAAAGGGAAAUCUGCAGAGGAAACUACUUUGCAGAUAAGGGACAAAGAUCAAGAAGACAUGGUAAAGGAAGAAGAGAUUGUAGAGGGUGAUCAAAGACAGGAUGAUGUAAAACCAGAGCCAAACAAGGCUAUGGUAGAACACAUCGCGAAGGAUGCACAGACAAACGGGAAACCUGAUGAAGAAGUGCCUGAUGGAAGGAUAGCUACAAGGAGAAGUUCUCGUAUCAGGAAGCAAAGUUCCAGUGAUGGGAACACCAGUGCUGGACAAGUGGAAGAAGUGCCAGUGAAAAAAAAGAGGGGAAGACCCAGGAAACAACCGGGUAAAGAGGAACAGACAGCCUCAACUGUAGUAAAUAAAGGGAGGAAAGACAAUGAUGAGAAUCCAGUCACAGAACACGAGAUAUCCCCAAAAGUUUGGCUUGUGGACCGGAUGAAAAGGGAAAAGACUGUGGGACUGUGAGGAGUCUAAGAAUCAGAUGUCGAAAAGACAAUUCUGCAGACAGUGGGAAAAGUUCUGACCAAAAUAAGGAUGGUGAUGUUGUGUCAAAGAGGCAAGAAACCACUGUAGUGAGUACAGGUGAUUGUGCUAAUCCUAAGGUAGCCAUGAAGAGAAAAGGGACACCAAAGAAAGGUUCUUCUGCAAGGUCAGGCACACCCAGGAAGCUAGGAA